CUUUGUAUCUGCAGAGAGAAGGCGUAAAGAAGUAAUGACACUGGGAGAAGGUAUUCCUUGGCCUGGAGGACACGUUAAGUUUUUGGAUUUCUUUGGACAACUGGGGAUGUCUGUGAACUACCACUGACGGACCACUUUUUCCCUCCAGCAACACUUCGUACAUUUCCUCAUCCUUUUAUAGGCCUUAUAGGUGACCUUUUUGAGCGUGCAGCUCCAUACUGUGAGACUAAAUUGUACUCCGGGGGUGUGUGGACCAUGCUCUCCCUGUGGUUGUUCUUGCUCCCCUGCUUAAACUUUGUGCCUCAGACCCUGGCUGAGAAGGGCCUGGAGUUGCCACAGUAUGAUGGGAAAGACCGUGUUCUUGAUAUCAAUGACAAGAACUACAAGAAAGCUUUAAAGCAGCACAGCAUGCUUUGCCUGUUCUACCAUGAGCCCAUAGCAGAUAGCAAGGAACUGCAAAAACAACACCAGAUGACUGAAUUGGUGCUGGAGCUUGUAGCUCAAGUUAUGGAGGAGAAGGACAUUGGGUUUGGAAUGGUUGACUCCCACAAUGAUGCAAAAGUAGCAAACAAACUGGGCUUAGAGGAAGAAGGAAGCGUGUAUGUUUUUAAGGCCGACAGGGUGAUUGAGUUUGACGGUUUGCUCUCUGCUAACACUCUGGUGGAGUUCUUGCUGGACCUGUUGGAGGAACCAGUGGAAAUCAUAGGGAAUGCUCUGGAGCUUCGAGCUUUUGACAGGAUGGAGGAGGACAUACGUCUCAUUGGUUACUUCAAGAACGAAGAUUCUGAGCACUAUGAAGCUUUUAAAGAAGCUGCAGAGCAGUUCCAGCCCUACAUUAAGUUUUUUGCCACAUUUGACAAAUCUGUGGCCAAAGAGUUGAGUCUAAAAUUAAAUGAUGUGGACUUCUAUGAGCCCUUCAUGGAGGAGCCCAUGUCCAUCCCAGGCAAGCCUCACUCUGAGGAAGAGCUGGUGGAAUUUAUAACUGAGCACAGGCGACCAACGCUGCGAAAGCUACGUGCAGAAGAUAUGUUUGAGACCUGGGAGGACGAUAUUGAGGGCAUCCACAUUGUGGCCUUUGCUGAAGAGGAGGAUCCUGAUGGUUAUGAGUUCUUGGAGAUCCUAAAGGAGGUGGCCAGAGAUAAUACUCACCUGCCUGAACUCAGCAUUGUCUGGAUUGAUCCUGAUGACUUUCCACUGCUGAUUCCCUACUGGGAGAAGACCUUCAAGGUGGACCUGUUCAGACCACAGAUCGGAGUUGUCAAUGUUACUGAUGCAGACAGUGUGUGGAUGGAAAUGGACGACGAAGAGGAUCUGCCCACAGCUAAGGAGCUGGAGGACUGGAUUGAAGAUGUGCUCUCUGGCAAAGUUAACACUGAGGAUGAUGAUGACGACGAUGAUGAUGAUGACGAUGAUGACGAUGAUGACGAUGAUGAUGAUAAUGACAAUGAAGAUGAUGAUGAUGAUGGGGAGGAAGAUGAUGAUGAUGAGUAACUUACAGUGUGACCUGAGUAGUAAAUGUUUCUUCUUCAGAGUGCGUCUAAUGUGAACAUCAGUGUCAGCUCUGUGCUACAAUAGGUUUAAUUUAAGAAAUAACUAUUUUUUGCACUUAACACGUGCAUGCUAUUAUUAUUAAAAUGUCAUUGUUGCCCUUGAAAAUAACCCCCCAGCAUUUGCAUUUAAAAAGGUAAAUGUUGUAUUAUGAUUAUUGUCACACAUAUAUAUAUAUAUAUAUAUAUAUAUGAUGA